AUGAGCGAGGUUGAUGCGGUAGGUGUUAAACCAAAGGAGAUUCCUCCUUCAGCUGAGGAACAACGAGCACUGACGCUGCUAAAAACUACAACAAAAAAGGUCGGUAACCAUUUCGAGACCGGGUUACUAUGGAGAGAGGAUUAUAUUGAACUGCCCGAUCGCUUUCCUAUGGCACUUAGCAGAUUAGAAGGUUUGGAGAGGAGGAUGGAGCGAAAUCCAGACUUGGGUGAAAAUCUUCGCCGCCAAAUGCGUGAGUACGUAGAAAAGAAAUACGCACAUCGAGCGACGGCAGUAGAAUUAAAUCAAGCAGAUCCAAAAAGAAUCUGGUACCUGCCAGUCGGAGUAGUUACCAAUCCGAAGAAACCUGCAAAAGUACGUAUGAUCUGGGACGCAGCGGCGAAGGUGGACGGCAUAUCGCUCAACAGCAUGCUACUCAAAGGCCCCGACCAGACAGCCUCACUCGUUGCAGUGCUCUUUCGCUUUCGACAAUUUCAGGUAAGUUCGGAUAUUAGAGAGAUGUUUCAUCGUAUCCACAUUCGAGAUGAUGACAAACACUCCCAACGCUUCUUGUGGCGCGAAAACCCUACGGAGAAACCUUCUGUCUAUAUAAUGGACGUAUGUACCUUUGGAAGUACAUGCUCCCCGGCCUCCGCACAGUUUGUGAAAAACUUGAAUGCUACCAUCCACGCAAAGGACUAUCCGGAAGCAUCUAAAGCCAUCAUAUAUGAUACCUAUGUCGACGACUACCUGGCGAGUUUUAGUUCUCGGGACGAAGCAGCCAAAAUAGCCACGGAAAUUCGCCUUAUCAAUAAAAAUGGAGGAUUCGAUCUACAUCAUUGGAGAUCAAAUAGUCCAGCCGUGAUGGAGGUUCUCAACGAAAAACAAUCCGUCGAUAAAAAGAAUCUCAGUCUAAUUGAUAGCACCAACACAGAGCGUGUGCUAGGACUAUUGUGGGAUCCUUCCACCGAUGAGCUUAGUUUUUCGACCGAAAUGAAACCCGAAGUACACCAUCUUAUCCAGCAGAAUAAAAAUCCUACCAAACGACAAGUCUUGCGCUGCGUCAUGUCACUUUACGAUCCAUUGGGGAUCCUUGCUCCGUACACCAUACACGGCAGAAUUUUAAUCCAGGAGUUAUGGCGAUCAAAGAUUGGUUGGGAUGAACCUUUGAAGCCUGAAGCUUAUAAUCGCUGGACACAGUGGUUUCGUGUCAUCGAACAUAUAUCAAAUAUCCGUAUUUCGAGAUGUUACUUUCCCUGUGCUGAUAUUGCCACUUAUGGAAACACUGAACUACACGUGUUCGUUGAUGCCAGUGAGGUCGCGUACUGCUGCGUAUUGUAUCUUAGAACGUUCAACCAUGAGGCAGAUCCUCAAUGCAGCCUCAUCACAGCUAAGGCCAAGGUAGCUCCACUUAAACCGUGGUCUAUACCACGCCUUGAGCUCCAAGCAUGCCUUUGGGGUGCGCGCCAGACGAAAUUCGUGAAGGAAAAUCAUAGUCUUAUAAUAUCAAGAACAAUUCUUUGGACAGACUCCAAGACAGCAUUGUCCUGGAUACAAGCGGACCCACGCAAUUAUCGACCGUUUGUGUCUAAUAGAGUUGUCGAAAUUCAAGAACUGACUUCAGAAUAUGAAUGGAGAUGGAUCCCGAGCAGAUGUAAUCCGGCAGACGAAGCGGCAAAGUGGGGUUCAGGACCGUAUUUCACGCAAGAAAGCAAGUGGUUCAGCGGCCCCGAAUUCCUCAAAGAACCGGAAAGCAAGUGGCCGUCUCUAAAAGAAAAUCAUACAAUCACCACCGAAGAAAUCCGAGCCUCCGCUCUAUAUCAUAUCUGCGAUCAGUCUUUGAUUUGUUACGAAAAUUUUAGCUCCUGGGAAAAGUUACAACGCACAAUCGCUUUCAUGCUACGUCUUUUCAGGAAUGCUAAGAAAGGAAGCGUUAAACAAACUGGAGAUCUACAACAAUCCGAACUGCUAGCAGCAGAAGAAGCAAUCUUCAAGCAAGUUCAGAAAGAAGUCUAUGCGGAUGAGAUUAUUGCUCUUGAAAGUACAUCCCUGAAGAAAGGAAUACCGAACGUGAUCCAGAAAGAAAGCAAAAUCUACAAGAUGUCGCCUCACUUGGACGAAAAAGGAAUAUUGCGGCAAAAUAGUCGAAUUAAAGCAGCCCAAAAUAUCGCCUACAGCGUAAAGUUUCCAAUUAUUUUGCCCAACAAUCACAAAGCCUGUGAACUCCUGGCGGACCGCUACCACCGCAUCUUUCGCCAUGGCAAUGCAGAAACUAUCGUGAACGAGAUGAGACAAAUCUAUGCUAUUGAUGGAUUGCGAGUGCUAGUUAAGAGAGUCAGUAAGGAAUGUCAGCUAUGUAUAAUACGUCGAGCCCAACCAGCCCUACCUCCUAUGGCACCACUUCCACCAGCACGACUUGCACACCACGAACGACCAUUCACGUUUACGGGAUUGGACUAUUUUGGACCAUUACUUGUCAAACUCGGUAGAGCAAAUGUUAAACGUUGGAUUGCUCUAUUUACAUGCCUAACGACUCGAGCUGUACACUUAGAGAUAGCUUUCACACUUACAACUGCAUCGUGUAUAUCUUGUGUCCGUCGCUUUGUAGGUCGUCGGGGCUCGCCUUACGAAUUCUUGAGCGAUAACGGUACAAACUUUCAAGGAGCAGACCGAAUACUUAGAACACAGAUAAGUCAGGGAUUACUUGCCACGUUUACUAGCAGCAAUACGAAGUGGACCUUUAUACCACCGGGAGCUCCCCAAUAUGGGAGGAGCUUGGGAGCGCUUAGUUUAAUCGGUUAA